GAGGAUAGAUGUCACCACUAUCAAGUAUUGAAUUUGAUCUGUCACUUGCAAAGUUGUCUUUAUUCGUUAUCGAAAGAAUAAAAAAUAAAUAAUUAUUUCAAUUCAUACUUUUGCCACAUAGUGGCAAUAGAAACUAUUCUUUUUAUACUUGUGUAGAUAAAAAAAAUAUUAGUCAUGAAUCCGAUGUCCAUGGACAGAGAUGAACCAUCAUCGUUGUUAUCAUUUUCUACAAACCACCCUCUGGAGCAGUUUGUAUUGUUGGCAAAAGGAGCUAAAGGAUCAGCAUGUGCGGAACUCAUCAAGCAAGUCCUAGAAGCUCCAGGAGUCCAUGUAUUUGGAGAGUUACUUGAAAUGCCAAACAUAAAAGAGUUGGAAACUGGACCUUUUGCUACUCACCUGAAGACACUAAAUCUGUUUGCGUAUGGCACAUACAAAGAAUACCUUGAGAACAAGUCUGAAUACUUAGAACUGACGCCUGCUCAAUGCAAGAAGUUGCAGCACUUGACUAUUGCAUCACUUGCCACACAAGAAAAGUGUAUCCCUUACAGUGUGCUGUUAAAAGAAUUAGAUAUUAAAAAUGUGAGGGAUUUGGAAGAUCUCAUCAUAGAAGCCAUAUAUGCAGACAUAAUCCAUGGAAAAUUGGACCAGGAAUGCAAGCGGGUUGAGGUCGACGUAGCUCUAGGUCGCGACGCCCGCCUUGAGGAUGCCGCGUCCAUCGCUGAUGUGCUGGCAGACUGGUGCAAUGCUUGUGAAGCAGUACUCAACUCUGUGGACCAACACAUCCAGCGGGCCAACCAUCACAAACAGAGGGCUAUCAUACAUCACCAGGCCAUUGAGCAAGAGAUACUGUACAUAAAGAAAACUCUUAAAUCGCAAGCAGAGAACGACGAGUCUGCAACUGGCGGCGGUAGUGAGACUCACUCGGCUCCAAAGAAGAACUCCGGCAAGGGCAAGACGCCUCGCAACGCCGCAAAGUUCUGGCAGAAAAACACAUAACUGCUGCUUCAAAAUAAUCAUAGAUAAUAAAAAAAAUGUAAUUUGUGAUACUGUCAAUAAAUUUUUAAAGCCAGUAUUAUUAAACCAUUCAUUUUUCGUAAAAGUGUGAUCUUGAUAGUGUUGAUUUGCUUAAAUUGAGAACUUUGAAGUGAUGUCGCUGUAGAUAAUGUCGUUCAUGGUACUGUGACUGUUUUAUUAAUGCAGGCUUUAUUUUGCUCUCCUA